CAGAACAGUACUACAGUGCUGGCAGCUACUGGCAGCACAGUUUGGCGUACGGUCACGGUAUCCUGUAAUCGUGCGCGUGUUCGCGCGUUGUCAUCACCGCUAAAAAAAAAACAAGGAGAGAACACAGAACUGGACGGAAUACGUACACGCCGAUGCUGCAAGUAAAACCAAGAUCUGAUUAAUAAUAUCAAAUAAGAUUUGAAAAUAGAAACUAAAGGAAAGAGAAUAAAACAAUGGAAGGAGAAUCGGAAAACAAUUCUUUUAAUAAAAAUUCCAAACCAAUUACUUGGCCGUACAUGAACGUCAGCUCGCUAACUAUAUCGUUUUUGACUAAACUGGCGGCGGCUGGUAUCAUCUGGGGAUGGGGAUACUUCAACUAUAGCAUAGCCUGGUUAAUCGCGCCAAUCGCGUUUUCCGUAUGGAAAGCAGAACGGAAAAGAGACAACGAAUUAAGAACAAUUACAGCACAAGCCAGUGUGCUGGCUAAAGAAAAGGAAUUGAUCGUCAGUCGAAUGAAUGAAUUACCCUCAUGGGUAUAUUUUCCGGACUUUGAUAGAGCCGAAUGGCUAAAUAGAAUCUUAUAUAAGGUAUGGCCAAGUAUGAAUCAGUUUGUCCGUCAGCUAUGUAAGCAAAGUAUAGAACCGUCGAUUGUUGAAAAACUGACUGAAUAUAAAAUCAAAGGCUUUCAAUUUGACCGUCUAGUCCUGGGUCGCAUUCCACCAAAAAUUUAUGGGAUCAAAGUAUAUGAUAAAAAUACCUCAAGAAAUGAGAUCAUCUUAGAUGCAGAUAUUAUGUAUGCUGGUGACUGUGAUAUUACCUUUUUCGUUGGAAACAUCAAAGGUGGUAUUAAAGAUUUUCAAAUACAUGGUUUAGUGCGCGUUGUUAUGAAACCUAUGCUGCCCAUGAUGCCGUUAAUCGGAGGUGUACAGAUAUUUUACUUGAAUGUUCCUACCAUUAACUUCAAUUUAGUAGGAGUGGCUGAUGUAUUAGAUCUACCUGGAUUCAAUGAAAUUUUAAGAAAGACAAUCGUUGAACAGAUAUCAGCCAUAGUUGUAUUGCCAAACAAAAUAAUUAUACCCUUAAGCGAAGAAAUACCUAUGGAGUCUCUAAAAAUACCUGAACCCGAAGGUGUUCUAAGAAUUCAUGUUGUAGAAGCAAAGCAUCUGAUGAAAAAAGAUAUUGGAAUGCUAGGUAAGGGCAAGUCUGAUCCGUAUGCUGUCAUAAAUGUUGGUGCCCAGGAAUUCAGAACAAAAAUAAUUGACAAUACUGUUAAUCCAAAAUGGGACUACUGGUGUGAGGCUGUGAUCAGUUCAUGCAAUAUGCAAGAAGCUGUGGUAUCUCUUUGGGAUUGGGAUCCUAAUGUCCCAGGGGUACAAUAUGAUGAUUUCCUUGGCAGGGCCACUAUCGAAGUUAAUCGAGUGAAAAAAAAGGGCACGAUCGAUACGUGGAUCUCUUUGGAGCAAGCAAAGCAUGGCAUGGUUCAUUUGCGAUUAACGUGGCUACAAUUUUCAAAAGAACCUGCCGAUUUAAGAGCUGCUUUAGUGGAAACUCAGGAACUUAGAGUUACAUCAAUGAGUACAGCCCUUCUCACACUUUAUAUUGAUUCUGCUAAAAAUUUACCGUGUAUUCGAGGAAAUAAACAACCCGACGUUUACUUGGAAGCAAGUGUCGGUGGAAAAACUGAAAGAACAGCCACUGUACAACGUUCUUGCGAUCCUGUAUGGGAACAAGGAUUCACCUUUUUAGUUAGCAAUCCUGAAACUGGAGUUUUACAUAUAAAGAUUAUAGACGAGAAAACUGCCAUAACAAUUGGGGAGAUGAGCUAUAAUCUGCAAAAGGCCGAAGUGGACAGCAAACUUGUAUUAUCAAUGACAUUAAAUAUCUUGAAAUAUGAGCAGCCUGAACCUACUUCCGAGGAAGACGAAGAUGAUCAUGACAUCAAUGAAUUGAAUAGACGAAUCGAACGUCAAGAAUCCACCACUAGUAAUGUACUCUCUUCUAGUGUACCACCGAGCCCUCUUAAAAAAGAGCCUUCUAAAGAAUCGGUCAACAGUCAACCUCGUAGCAUUGGAUCCGCCGCGGCACUUUUACUUGAGGAACCAAUAGCGGUGGAAGAAGAAUUAAUACUCAGCACCAGCGCUCCGUCCUCUUUUACCGGAAGCCCUCAGCUUAUCCAUAGAAAUCCGAGUAUUACGUCUUCUUCGGGCGAAUCGAAAUUAGGAAGAAUACAAUUGACUAUACGAUACAGCACGCAGAGACAGAAACUCAGUAUUUUCGUACACAAAGUUGCUAAUCUGCCACUUCCCCAAAAUGAUCCGCACAAUAUACCGGAUCCGUAUGUAAAACUAUAUAUUUUGCCGGACAAACAUAAGGAAACGAAGCGCAAAACUGCUGUGAUCAAGGAUAACUGUAAUCCUCAAUUCGACGAGCAAUUCGAAUAUGUAGUCUCGCAAGGAGACUUAAACACACGCGUAUUAGAAGUGUCUGUAUGCACACAAAAGGGUUGGCUCUCUACCGGAAGUAACGUGAUGGGACAGGUUCACUUGAAAUUGAGUGAAAUCAACAUUUCGAAGACGGUAACCAGCUGGUACGAUUUACAACCGGAAAUCAAAGACUAGAAAAAAAGGAAAAAUAAGUGGGGAUUCGAGCGUUUGUGCGUCUGUUUGACGAAACAACCGCUUAAAUUCCCACUUAAUAAUUUUUACAAACGAUGAAAGUCUCAAAUGUUACAAUUACCUCUAUAUUCCGUUGACCAUUAUUGUUAAAUUGAUAAUUUAUUAAGGUAAGUUAAUACGUGGUGCUAUGUGAGAUGCAAGACGUCUUGCGAAAAACGAUAAAAAAUAUUUAAAGAGAUUCGUACUUACGUCUAAUGGCAUGAAAUGAGAUCUGAUAUAUAAUUUUGCCGCAACUACAAAGCAGGGGCGGAUUGGCUUGGCUGAUUUAGUAAUUUCAAAUUUCUGAUAUACAUUCUAUUAUAACAUAUUUUAAUACGAUAUACAUGCGCGAAAAGAUCGGAUUUCAACAAAAAUUUCAUGUGUCGUUAUUAUCUUGUUUUUCAAAAUGUGCCUAAAAUAGUUAAACGCUGGCCGUUUAAUUGAAGAAUCCAUUUGCGGUACACAAUGCGUAUUAUAUUUGUAAAUCUCAAUGACGAGAUAACUUAGAGAAUACAAGCUAUUAAAUAUACGCGCAUAAAGGAAUUGAAAAUUUCUCGUUCCAAUGCUGAUCCGCACUUGAUAUAUAAUAUAUUUUGUAUUUUAUGUUUGUAUGAUGAUUAAGUUGCACAAAAUGCACAACUAUGUGCAGACACUAUUACUGAAUGAUCUGAAUAAUAUAACACAUAUAUAUGACACGUGAUUAAUUUAUAUGCUUAUGAAAAUUAGUUACGUAAGUUAAUGUUUUUCGAUAUUGUAUUCCAUGUUUUUUUCUUUACUAUAUCCCAAUACUGUUGUUUGGUUACUAAUAAAGCUGAAUGCAUUUA